AUUGGCCCCUCUUGAGAAUCAAGUCGCACACUCAAGAUGAUGAAGGUUGCUGUCGCUCUGUCGCUGCUUGUAGCGUGUGCCUGGGGAAACCCAGCCCCGCGAGUGGUGGGCGGGGAGAAUGCUGUUAAGGGACAGAACCCGUACAUCGUGUCGCUGCGGCGCCAGCUGCUGUUCAGCAACAACCACUUCUGCGGCGGCAGCAUCAUCAGCGGCGGCUGGGUGCUGACGGCGGCGCACUGCCUCGUCGCCAACAACAUCAACGCCGUGGCGGGCGACUACAACCUGCGGGUCAACGAGGGCACGGAGCAGAGCGUGCGCGUGUCCAAGUCCAUCCGCCACGCGCAGUACGUCGACAAUGGGAGUGUGGGACCGUUUGACAUCGCGCUGCUGAAGCUGGCUUCUUCUUUUACAUUCAACCAGUAUGUGCAACCGAUCAACCUGCCAGCUGCUGGGAAAAUACACACAGGCGAGACCGUGCUGGCCGGCUGGGGCAGCAUCAGCCUGACGAUGGUGCCCAGCAACCCGGCCAUCCUGCAGUCGGCCACCCUGCCCGUGCUGCCCUACUCCAGCUGCUACAGCGCCGUCACCGGCAUCAGCCAGGCGCAGGGCAUCGCGAACCCGCUCGACCCCAGCAACGUGUGUUCGGGCCCGCUCUCCGGCGGCCUAGGCGCCUGCAACGGCGACUCCGGCGGCCCGCUCGCGCAGAAGAACGCCGGCGCCUGGGAGCUGGUGGGCGUGGUGUCCUGGGGGCUGGUGCCGUGCGGCAGCGCCGGGGCGCCCUCCGUCUACGUGCGGGCGUCCGCCUUCAUCGACUGGAUCGCCGCCAACACAGCCUAGGCGUCGCCCCGACCUCUGCUGUGAUGACUCGCGUGUUUCAUUAAAAACAUGAAUCUGAA